AUGUCAGUACUGCCACGAGAAAAUUUGGAAACGUCGAUAGCUGUGGAGCAUGACAGCACCUUGCUUUCAUCCACCGACAGCGAGGAUAGCUGUGGUGAGGGUUGUGGUGAUGCGGGUAUCAUUCCACUGAAUGUGAUGUACGCAAUGACAGGCGCCAUUGAGAAGCAGGAGAGGGACAUGUCGCGUGAGCAAAGAGCGCAAAAGAUUACACAAGAGAGGGAGAUGUUAAGCCGUCGGCAGCUUUUACGCGAGCGAGUUGAAUUGUUGCGGCAUAGAUUGGCCAGCACAAGAGAACCCUUUGAGGAGGAACAGGAGGAGGAACGUCGGGCAAAUGCCGUCGGCAUCUCCAUGGAGCUAUCAAUUUCGGGUUCAGAAAUCCACGCUGCCCAUGCGAUUAGGCAGACUGCGUAUCUGCCGUGGUCAACACGGCUCUGGCACUCCCUCUACAACAAAGUCCGUUACUUCUUCGUUGCGGCAUCAUUUAUCACUGGCGGCAACGUGUAUGCAAGUGAGGCACUAAAUGAGUACUACCAGCAGGAGACGUAUGAUUAA